AUGCUGCGAAUUUUUUUGAUGAAGGAGGAAUCGCGUUGCGUUGCUCUCACAGCGAAACAUGCCUUCCCGAAACAGUCGCCGUUGAAGCUUCAGAACGGUGUUUCCAGUAUCACGGAAGUGAGAAUUUUGCUUCCCUUGCAUCCGAAUCCAACUCUCAACCCAAACACGCCCUCCUCCUCCUCCUCCUCGCCCGAAACACAAACAAACCACAUCCACCCGCAACACAACCAUGCCACCACCUUCCAUCCCAGGCGGCUGGACCGACACAGACGACAAAGCCCUCCUCCUCGGCAUCCUGAAGCAAGUCGGAGCCUCCAACAUCAAAUGGGAGCCCAUCGCCUCCAGCCUGCACAUAGUAAAUUCCUGAUUCAGCGUUAUAAUAAGAUCAAGAAGGAGGUUGGGGUGGGGAUUGAUGGGCAUAGUCCUGCGAUGAAGACUCCGGGCAAAGGCAAAGGCAAUGGGGGAGGGAAGAAGAGUGUUUUGGGUGGGAAGAGGAAGGCUGGAAAGGAUGAUGAAGAUGGUGAUGAUGAUGAUGAUGAGGAGGAGAAGACUCCAACUAAGAAAGCCAAGAAGGAAGUCAUUAAGAAUGAGGACGAGGAACCAAGCCUGUCUUCUCAAUCGAAACAAAGUGAACCUAGAAAACCUCAUGAUCCAAAAAGCUCACUUCAUCACGCGCGUUCUAUUCCAUCAUCAUCAUCAUCAUCCCAUUUUUCCAGUCCUUUGAAAUCUCUGCAUCCACCCACCAUGGUUCUCUGGGACGAAAGAAAAGACCGCCAUUUCCUCAUGUGCAUCAUCCAAACGCAAAGCAUCACCACACCGGAUUGGAAGGCUGUCGCGGAAAAAUUGAAUUCGGUUACGGGGGAGAAGUUUAGUGGGAAUGCUUUGCGGUACUUUUUAUCACUUUCAACAAUCCCGAAUUCUGGGGGGUUUUUUUGUUUGUUUGUUGACGCUCGUGAUAGGCAGAAAUUUGAUAAGAUGAAGAAGAGUGCUAAGGAGGAGGUGGAGGAGGGUGUUGGAGGAGGAGGAGCUGGUGGGGAGGAUGGUGAGAAGAAGAGUGUGAGGAAGAAGAAGAAGAGUACGGCUGUUAAGCGUAAGGCGCUGGGGAAGAAGAGUGGUGGGUCGGCGGAGGAGGUGGAGGACGGAGAGGAGACUCCGGCUAAGAAGAAGAAGAUUAAGAGGGAGGUUGCUGAGGAGGAUGAGGAUGAGGAUGGUACUACGAGGACUGGGUUGGCGUUGGCGUUGGCGUUGGCGUUCUCCGGCGGAAGGGCGAGGUGGAAGGAGAUCAGCCUUGGAGCAUAUGUAAGCGUUCUCUCAGGCGCGACGUCCAAGUGCAACGAGGUCAGCACUCUGCACACUGUUGCUGAACCGACCUGGAAUUUCACUCUUCUCAAUUUUCUGUCUUCUCCAUCUCCUCCUCUGGGUAGUCUGGACGUGUGCAAGGAGGGCUAUGGGACCACGCGAAAAUGUUCUGGGCAUUGGUCGAAGUUCUUCGACUCGGUGAGUGAUGCGUUGAUAACUUAUAAGGGACACCAACACCAACGAGAUUGGGAAAGUGGUGUGCAAUCAGUGCCGACCGGAGAUAUUCUACUCGCAUUAAAUUUGUUGGGUCACUAUCCCGGCACCCGCGAGCGCCACAGCCUGAAGAUAGUGAAACAAGAACAGAAUCUGAAACACACCCACGCCCACACCCACACCCACACACCCUCGCUCUGCAAGGCUUGCAGCGACAAACCUCAUUCGGUCGCGCGCUGCGACUAUUAUUGA